GGCUCAGUUGGUAGAGCCUGAGACUCUUAAUCUCAGGAUCGUGGGUUUGAGUUCCACAUUGGGGGAAAAUAUCCUGCAUAGCAGGAGGAUGGAUAAGAGAAGCCUUGUGGUCCCUUAAAACUCUAUGAUUAUGUAAUACAAAUAAGCUCCUUCAACAAACACAAUAUCUUUCACCCGUUCUUCAUUACCACGUGGCAUCAGGGCAGGGUACGACCAUGGAAUUUAAAACAAACGAACAAAAAUAGCUCCCCUUGGGUCUGUCCAGCUAAAUUCUACUCUGAGUGGACUCACUGGAAUUAAUGUGUCUGAAUUAAUUUUAGUGUGGGUCUGAUCCAAGUAUGACUAACAUAGGAUACAACCUCUGCUUGGCAACUACACCACACUAAGCUCAUAACAGUAAAAUAGAAGCAGUAUGUAGAAUUGGAUGUGAAUGCAAAGAAGUAGGAAUGGAUAGAAAGCCAGCAUGCUAAACUACUCCUCUACUGGCAAACAUAUCACUGUGAUGUCAUCUGUUGAUUUGUUUCGACUCCAAAAGCUGUGUUGUGUGAGCGUCUUUUUUUAAGUGAGGAGGAGAAACAAAAUACAGGAUUUCCUUUAGUACAGUCAUAGCUCCCGUCUCCGAACACCACUAGCACUUCUACCCAAUUCCUCAAGACGGUUUUAGAACUCGUGAUCCUGUAAAGAAAUCUGGAUCGUGGUGGAAACGGUGCUGCUGUAAAGCUCAAAAGAUGCAUCUGCUCAAAAGAAACCCAAAAGACGCUCGCUUUUCUUCUUGUGGUUGCUACCGUGUCAAAGAAUGAAUGGAAACUGCAGUGAGGUAAGGGAGGGUCUUUUAAAAGCAUGUUUCCUUUGGCAAAGCUAAGACUACAGUCCUGGGCAUACUUAACUUGCAGCCAAAUCAAAUCCCCUGGAAACUAAUGGUCCUUACAUUUAUGUACACAUGGCUAGGGGUCAGCACAUGAAACUGCAGACUAAGGCAUAUUUUCCAAGAAUGAAGUUUUAUCAAAUUCAGCGGAGUUGUUCUGGAUCUGCUGUAAGCCAUAGUGUUGAUGGACUGACUGCAUGCUUUUUAAAGGGAAAAUGAUUUCAGCCUAGGAAAAAAUGAUUUAAGAACUUUUUUUAUUAUUAAGCAACAAGCACUACAUACAUAAUAAUAUUUAAACAAUAACCAUAGAGAGGUACAAAGCAUUGCUUAGACACAGUAAGGUCUAGCAAUAGACUUGUAUAAAUGUAUAAAGCCUUGUAUAAAUAUUUAUUUGUCUUCCCAAUCCUGAGUACAUCACCUCUGUACAGUUCAAGAUUGUUGUCCAACACUUUGCAUAACUUAGACUUGCUUUAGAGUUGAAUAAAAGGUUCAUAAAGGUGUUGAUAGUCCUUUUCAUUGGUGUGGGACACAAAAUUAUGCCAUACAGUACAGAAAUCUAAAUUACCAACCACAUGCUUGGUUGAGCAAAUCUUACUGAUCAAUGUGGCCUUACAAUGAUUUUUUUGUUGAUCAGAUGCUUUGCCAUUUCCUAAAACUUUCUUGUUUUAAAGAUAUGGAUAAGCCAGAAGCAUUUAAGACUUACUUAACGUAGCAGAUACUUUGAAGGGUAAAUGUAACUUUAUAGAAUAAUAAAUAGGCACAUUUUUGAGAAAGAUGCUUUUACAACAGCUAUUUGAAUUGGAGACAAUAAAUGAUUCUCAUGUUGUUUAUUUUGUAUCAGAGGAGCAUAGCACAUUAUACUGAAAUGAUUACUUUUAAUUUUGGUUUGAUAUUUUCCUGCCAAUGGCAUUAUUUAAAGUCUAUAGUUACAGUCUUAGGCACACAUCUAUGGGACCAUGUCCCAGUAAUCUCUGGGAAGGGGGUCUUUGUUUAGUGGCAGACCACCAUCUUUGCAUACAGAAGGUCCCAGGUUCAAUCCCUAGCAUGUCCUUGUAAGCCUAGGAAUGUUCCGCUGUCUGAAAGACUUUCCUAAAGUCUUUGCCAGUCCAUGUGGACAAUACUGAACUGGAUAGACUGAUGGUCUCAUGGUAUAAGAUAGCUUCCUAUUGUUGCUGAGCAAGAACUUGCAGAGGUUUGGGAAGUAAUAAUAAUUACCAUGCAUACCAAAAAACCCAACCCCAACCUCCCCCAUUUGAUCCUCUUCACUCAAAAGCUUUAGGAAAUGAUACUCUGAGAAAGCCCUCAGCCAUUAUUAUUGCUGCCUGCUCCCUCCUGAAGGACGCAUAUGAUUCUUGGCACUGCUAGUCUCCCCAGACACCCAUCUCUAGUUACAAGUAGCCUUCAGUUUGGUGUGGCUAGGGUCUGGAAAAUGAACUGUGGAUGGGUGGGGGGACACGAUGACACAUGUUUCCAUGUGUUGUUAAAAGGAUCAAAACGCUGAAGCUUCAGAGUUCAUAUUGCUGUGAAGAGGAAAGUUUUUAACCACACAAAAACCCACAGGAAUGAAAAAUGAAGAGUGUGCCCAUAUUCAAAGGAACAAGGGGGGCGGAGCAGGAAGAGGAGAGAGAAAUAUCCUUGUUGGUUUUUAUUUACUGUAGGGAUGGGCAAAUCUGUCAGUUUCUCUCAGUUUCUCAUUUUGCAGUCUUCAGUUUUCCACAUUUACACAUCACUUUGUGAUUUUUUUUAAUGCUUAUGAAUAUUCAUCAUUGAAUUUAUCCUAAUAUGCACAUGGCUGUGGGCAUUUUUUAACAAAGGAGUUUCCCCUAAUAUAAGGGUUGUAUGUGAUUUUGCCUAAUAUAACCAUUUUUGCAAAGAGAUUUCACUUAAUAUAAUGCAUUUUUAUUUUAUUCUCAGGAAUAUAUGCAUUUUUAUUCACACUUUGGGUUAGCAUUACUUGGCAGGGGAACUGCAUUGUGAAAUGCAGAGAAGCGCUAAUUUUGAAGGAAGAAUGCAUUUCAGUUUGGAUUCCAAACAUAUCACUUUGGAAAGUGCAAAUGAGGGAGAUUCAUCUUUAAGUGUAAACUGAAUUUAAUUUCUCCCCUAUUCCUAGUUGGUUAUUACAACUAUUUCUGUUACUGGUUCUUUAGGGUCACAGGGACCACAAAGAUACUGAAAUUCACAGUCUCAUUCAUCUGUACUCUCAAAUGCCACUUUCUUGCAAUGUUGGCUAUGGAGUGAUUUAACAGUCAUCCCUCUUCCCAAGAAACUCUGGGAAUUGUAGCUCUGCAAGACAAAUUGGGGCCUCAAAACAACUCUUAGCACCUGUUCCCAGGAUUAUUUGGGGGACGCAAUGCCUGUUAAUACUGCUUUAAAUGUACAGGAUAUGCCCACUAUUUGCAAAGGGAGAGGGGUUGGAAUGCCUUGUAAUAAUUCAGACCGUUAAGCUCAGUAUUAUCUCCACUGGUUUGCAGUAGCUCUCCAAAGUUUGGGGCAAGCAGUUUUCUCCCAUCUCUAGCUGGAGAUGCUGGGAAUUGACCCUGGGACCUUCUGCACGCAAAGCUACAAUUUGCUGCAUCCAAACCAUAUGAAGCUUGAGGCUUCCUCUUGUAUAUUGAGCAUAUGCACCACUGCAUGAACUGCCUUUAACCACUAUCUGUGAUCUUUAAUUCUGCAAACAUUUUCAAGGAGGAAACGAAACAGAAGCUACAAAUAGAAAAGUAGCCACCACCAGAAUCAGAGACCAAAAUACUCUAUCUUUUAGAAAAUAGUUUCCUUCUUAGGGCGUAUUUACAAAACCUUGCUUCUUCAUGUGUUUUGUAACAACCUCAAUCGUACUGUCCAUGAACAGAGAUUACGAGAAGGAAGUCUUUCCAGGGCCUGAGUUAGGGGCAGAUGAUUCAGGUGACUGUGGGAGCCUCAGGUUUUGGAGGAUACAAUGCUCUUGUCAUGUACUGCCUACUCAGAUACUCUCUGAAACCUUUGACCCUUAGUUCCCAUGCCCAACUGCAGUCUUUCCCAACCUGUUGGCUUCCCAAUGCUUUGGACUACAACUGCCUUCAACCUCAGCCAGCAUAGCCAAUGGCUAGGGAUAAUGGAACUUAUAGUCCAACAACUUAUGGAGGAUCACAAAUUAGCCACCUCUGAUCUAAGUAUGUUCCCAUGCUUUCAUUAACAUGCUCUCAUUUGUACUUUUUCCUAACCUUCCCUGAACUAGUUCCCUUUUCCCUGAACUAGUUCCCUCCAGAUGUUUUGGAAUGCAGUUCUUGGGUGGAAAAAGAUUCUUUAUCACUGGGAUACAUUCUCAAGAGUAUUUUUAAUAAUAACAGUAAUAAUAAAAACAACAACAAACUGACGUGGAGUUUGUGGAGAACUGAACUUAAGAGUGGAAAAAUAAGCUACUGAGAGAAACCAGAACUGACAGAAUUGCCCCUACCCUUCGCCCAACUUGAAUCAUGGAAUCAUAGAAUUGUAGAGUUGGAAGGAACCACAAGGAUUAUCUAGUCCACCCCCUGCAAUUCAGGAAGCUUUCAUUCAAUGUGGGGCUCAAACCCACAACCCUGAGAUCAAGAGUCUCAUGAUCUCAGUUUCCUGCUACUGUAUGUGCUUUCCCAGUGCUUUCCGAAUAUUAUAACUCAGGGUGGAGAAUGAUGACACAAUCUUAGAGUCAUCAGACAGGAAGGGAGAUUAUUUAAGGCAGGCACAUUUGAAGAAGUAUAUUAUAAAAUGUCUGUAGCCAGUGCCACCACCACACCCUUGACAUUAAGAGAAUUUAGUUGCUUUGAUGAAAAUACUUAUAGCUUUUAGUUCCUCCUUCUAAAUUGGUUGUUCUCUUUCUGGUGAUUCUGUCAAUGCAGCUUGCUGAUGUGAAGGUCUCAGGAAACUGCACUUCCAUGUCAGUUGGUGAAAGUGCAUGCCUAGUGAAUCUGCGUGAGGAUGUCAUUUGACUAUUGUUCUUCGGCUGCCAAAAUGUCUUGAUCUAGUUCUGAGUGUGUGUGUUUAAUGCUGCAGCAUAAAUCUCUUUCUCAAAAAACAAUCAUCUUCUUAACAGGUAUCUUCUGAUUAGCCUAUAUGGCCACUGACCUGAUCAAGAUGUUGAACAACCAAUCAUCAGAAAAUUGUCCUGACCCUCCAAUGCAUUUCCAGGCCUCUUUGUAUGCAGUCAUCUACAUCAUCAUCUUCGUUCCGGGUCUCCUGGGAAACAGCAUCGCCCUUUGGGUUUUGUGCCACUUCAUCAAGAAGAGGAGCAAAGCGGUAGUUUUCAUGAUGAAUUUGGCUGUAGCUGACCUGACCCACGUCGUCUCUUUGCCCUUACGGAUGUAUUACUACAUCAACCACAGCUGGCCUUUUGGGGGCUUCCUUUGCCAGCUCUGCUUCUACCUCAAAUACCUUAACAUGUAUGCCAGUAUCUGCUUUCUCACCUGCAUCAGCAUCCAAAGGUACCUCUUCCUACUUCACCCUUUCAAAGCCAAGGACUGGAAGUGCAGGUAUGAUGUGGCCAUAAGUGCUGCCAUAUGGACUGUGGUUGGGGCUGCUUGCUUACCUCUCCCAAUCCUGAGGAGUCCUCGCUUAUCAAACAAUACCAACAUCUGCUUUGCUGAUCUCGAAGUUCAGCGGUUGUCUAUGGGAGCCUCAAUCACUCUGGUGAUUGUAGCUGAAUUCUGUGCAUUUGUGGCCCCUGUUGUGAUAGUCAUUUACUGCACUUGGAAAAUGAGGCAAUCCCUGCAGGAGCCCCACAGUCCUUUGCAGCACACCAAUGAGAAGCAGAAAGCUUGGCACAUGAUCUUAGGGUGCGCAGCUGUGUUUUUCAUAUGUUUUACACCGUAUCAUGUGAAUUUCCCUAUAUUUAUGAUGGUGAAACAAAACAUGGUCACAAACUGUUCUGUACGGCAUAGAGCUUUAUAUUUCCAUCCCAUUUCUUUGUGCCUCGCAAGCCUCAAUUGUUGCCUUGAUCCAAUUCUCUACUACUUCAUGACAUCAGAGUUCCGGGAAAGGUUCAAGUGCAGCAGUGCUUGCCCCUUGAGCUGCCUCAAAAGUCUUGACAGCAGCAGCAGCAGAACCUCUGAAGUUGAGCUGAAAAGCAAGGCAGAUAACAAAAAUAAAAAUGUAUUGAUGGCAUACUUUUGGACUCUUAGGCCACAUGAUGGCAUGGAAUCUCCUCUCUCUUGUUAGCUAAGGGAUGGUUCACACAUGGGUUGUACUUCACUUGCUUCUCUUAGGGACUCAGCACUUGACACUCAGCUGAAUGUGUGAACAGGCAACAUUGAAAAAGUUGUUGCUGAGUGGCAUGAAAGUUCUGUCUCUGAUAAUUAAUCACGGAUAGCUUGAGAGCAGUCAUAUGAUAUAAAUAUUAACCAGUCAUUUUUAGAACCUGCCAGAAUUGGGACAAAGAAUCUGUGUGCCGCUGCCACUGGGGUUAUAUGGUGCAGCAGACUCGAGGAGGUGAAAGUGUUCUGCGUUAACUCCACCCAUUCAGGGCAGCCAUUGGUUUCCCCAACCUCCAAGAGUAGAUAGAGACAUAAUAACAUAACAAGAGCCCUGCUGGAUCAGGCCAAUGGCCCAUCUAUUCCAGGAUCCUCACAGUGCCCAACCAGAUGCCUGUAGGAAACGCACAAGCAGGACCCAAGCACAAGAGCACUCUCAACCCACCCACCAUGAUUUCUAGCAACCAGUAUUUAGAAGCAUUAUUGCUUCCAGGUCAGGAUAAGACUUAUGGAUGGCAUCCACAAACAAAACAGCAGCUGCCUUUUUUCCUCUCCGGAAUGAUGUGCUGUCUGGAGAAUGAUGGGGAAAUAAAAGAGCCACUGCCAAGAAGCCUCCCUCCCAAUGAUGGAGGAAAGUGUGGUGUUUGCCCGUUCUAUUGGAAAUGUCUGUACAGGGGGAGAGAAAGGGUUGAUAGGUAGACCAAUAGAAAAGCCAGAGGCGGAGCCUACCUGUUUAUAAAAGGGCUUAGCCCGAGGUUUGGGUUGGUUGGUUUUAGUGGGUUGGUUGGUUGGGAAAGGCAGUUGGGAAAGCAGUUGGCAGACAGAAUUAGAGAGACAGUCAGUGCAGUUGGUUCUUGUGUGAGGGGAGGUAGAAGAGUUAGAGACAGGAUAAAAUAAGACUAAGAGGGUAAAGGGUAACAGCAUUUCGAAUGCAUUUAAAGUUUAUUUGUGUUUCCAAUAAACUACAAUCUUCAUUGUUAACUUGAGAA